UGAUAAACAGCUAAAGCUUUAUAACAUCUAAUGUACAUCGCAACGAAAAUGUUAGCUACAUUGAUAAUACCAAUCACGAUAGUCAAUUUGGUUGACGGGUACACGAAAUGCAACAUGAAAGACACAACAUUUAAGUAUUACGGACGCGAAAAUACAACUAUGGAGAAUGAAAUCAAGACUAUUAAAAGCAUUUCAAAGUAUGUAUGCCUAAUAAAGUGUCGUAAGCAUCCACUCUGCUUGGCAUUUUCCUAUGCAACCAGCUCAUCAUUGUGCAAAAUAUAUGAAAAUGACAGCGAGUCAGAAAACGUGUCAUUUAUACCUGCAGCAGGUGUAUGGUUUUAUGAUGUGCAUAAUAAUACAGACAUCAUACAGGGUAAUGUCGACUCUUGUGUUCAGGGUCAUCGUUGCUUCAAUGGUGGAUCUUGUCGAAAGGACAGUUCAUCAAGUGGCUACUUCUGUACAUGCACCGACAACUAUCAUGGUCAAUUUUGUCAAGAUAACAAUGGACCACCGAUUCUUAAAUGUCCUUCAAACCAGAUUGUAACAGCUGGUCCGGACUGCAAGGCAACUGCCUCCUGGAAGCCGCCGAAUGUUACAGACAAUUCUGGGUAUAGCUUUACAGCGGUAUGUGAUUAUGUCAGUGGAAGCACUUUCUCUAAUUACAGCACCAUUGUAACUUGUAAUGCCACAGACGAUUUUGACAUUGGCAACUGUAACUUCACAGUUACAAUGUAUGAUGAGACUGCCCCUAACGUUACGUGCCCAUUUGACUUUGAGGUGUGCACUGACCUGGGAACAUAUUCAGUAAAUGCGACUUGGGAAGCAGCCAGUGCAUCUGACAACUGUUGUAGCAAGGUCGACAUAACUACAAACUACACAAGUGGGGAACCUUUGUCACUUGGUGUAUACAAAAUAGGAUACACAGCAACAGAUUGUUUUGAGAAAACUGGUUAUUGCAAAUUUACUGUUGAAGUUAAAGCUUGUAAACUGACUACGGAAGCCCGUUGGUGUCGACAGUGA